ACAUGUCAUUUGAACUUGUUUUUUUUUUUUCUCAAUAGAUGCUAUGUCGUCUACCUUUCUUCUUUUAGAAGCCCUAAGUAGUUGAAACACUGUAACAAGCUGUGCCUGUAUCGAACCGAACGUUGUCGUUGCUGGAGCCGAAUGCUGCCUUCGCCAGAACCAGAUCUUCAUCAUCGACGCGGUUCCUACCGUUGCCUGGGAUAGCAAUGACAUUGUUAGAUAUCCGUUCACUGCUUCUAUUCUCAGCUGUUUUUCGUGUUAUACUAAUUGUAUAUGGAGAGUGGCAAGAUGCCCAUAUGGAGGUUAGAUACACUGAUGUUGACUACCUUGUCUUUUCUGAUGCUGCAUCUCUAAUGGCUUCGGGCGAUUCCCCUUAUAAGAGAACCACAUAUCGCUAUUCCCCCUUGCUUGCGUUUCUUCUCAUUCCAAAUUCAUUUGUCCAUAGCGCCUGGGGAAAGUUUCUCUUUUCAUCUUCAGAUAUACUUGUCGGAUAUUUCAUCUACAAUAUUCUAAAGCUGCGGAAGGUUCCUGAAAACAUCUGCAACUACUCUGUCAUGACAUGGCUCUUUAAUCCAUUUACCUUCACCAUUGGGACACGUGGGAACUGUGAACCCAUUGUUUCUGCCAUGAUAUUGUGGAUCAUUAUCUGUCUUAUGAAAGGUCGUGUGUUACAGUCAGCAUUUUGGUAUGGAGUUGUUGUCCAUUUCAGGAUUUAUCCUAUAAUUUAUGCUAUUCCUAUAAUCCUGGUUCUUGAUCCGAACUUCUUCCCAUCUGGUCAGAAACCUGUCCUACGGAGCUGGAGUGCUGUUCAGGGAGAGAGACCGAAUGAUGGGGAUGGCUGGUGUGCUUCACAUAAUUUAUUAAAAAACUUGUUCACAAGGGACAGGCUGAUAUUUGGACUGGUCUCAGGAUUGGUUUUCUUCUUCUGCACUGGUCUGUUAUUCUGUUUAUAUGGGUGGGAGUUUCUACAUGAAGCACUGCUGUACCAUCUUACUCGUACAGAUCCAAGGCACAACUUUUCCAUCUAUUUCUAUCACAUAUAUCUCCAGUACGGGCAUGAUAUUUCAGUGUUGGAAAAGCUUAUCUCCUUUUUGCCGCAGUUUGUGGUUCAGCUUGUUCUCAUUUUCCGCUUUGCACAGGAUUUACCAUUUUGCCUAUUUGUGCAGACUGUGGCAUUCGUGGUGUUCAAUAAGGUGAUUACAGCACAAUAUUUCGUUUGGUUCUUUUGCUUGCUGCCUCUAAUACUCCCAUGGAGUAAAAUGAAGCUUAAAUGGGAUGGAUUGUCUUGUAUUCUUUUGUGGGUUGGAGCUCAGUCCCAUUGGUUAAUGUGGGGCUACCUGCUUGAGUUCAAGGGUAAAAAUGUCUUCUUACAGCUUUGGAUGGCUGGUUUAGUGUUUCUAGCAGCCAACAUAUUCAUCCUUGUCAUGAUUAUCCGCCAACAUAGAUGUACUUCAGUUUUUAGAUCUUUAGAGCAUGUCCAGUCCAAGAAUGUUGAAAAGCUUGAGUGAGUCACCCUGACCCAUGCUUGAACAGUGUAUGAUUUUCAAUUUUCAUUCUUUUUGUUAUUUCCCUAGAUGUGCUUCAGUUUUGGAAGGUUAACAAAUCAAGUUCAUGGCUACAGUUAAUUUUGAAAACUGAUAAUCAUGUUGAAAUUUGUGUUUUCCCCCCUCUAAAGGUGAACAAAUAGGUGAGUCAAUGUCUUCCCUUUUUCCCCAGUACAUAUACAUAUACAUAAUCUAAAAGAAAUGAAGUCAGUUUUAUUGCUUC